AUGGUUUCACCGCUAUAGUGAACUACUGGAAACCAGUGUAUAAAGAGUAUUGCGUACUUUAGAGCGGCUUUGACUUUGGUUAUACCUACUGCGAUGGCUGCAACGUUCACCACGACAAAACAGAUAUCUCCCAACGAGGAGACCGAGGCAAACGAACCAUAUUUUGCCAUAUACAACAACAACUUCAGCGAGAUAUUGGGAGCUACGCCCUGCUUGACGGUCGAAGUUGAAAAAGAUUUCCAAUUCGCUCACGAAGCCGGAAUCUAUGUGCCAUCAGAAGACACCAUCUACGUCACGAGCAACAAAUUGGUAAGCGAGGAUAGCCAAGCUAUCAUAGUUGGAGCAGUCAGAAGGGAGUAUGGCAAAUUUCGAUAUGAAGAAAUCCACCCAAACGUGACCAUGGGCAAUGGAGGAACCAAUUAUCACGACGAUGGCCUCCUCUUCUGCGACCAAGGUAACAGAACACGGCCCAGCGGGAUUAAACUGGUCAGACCGGUGCCUCCAUACGACACGCAGACUCUGAUCUCCUCAUAUCGUGGAGUCCCAUUCAAUAGUCCGAAUGAUGUAGUCGUUCGCAGCGACGGGAGCAUCUGGUUUACCGACCCGAUUUACGGCUCCGAGCAGGGGUUCCGAGGGGCACCACAAUUGCCAAAUCAAGUGUAUCGUUUCGACCCCGCGACUGGCGAUGUGCGAGUGGUCGCCGAUGGCUUUGGGAGACCCAAUGGCUUGGCCUUCUCGCCGGACGAGCAGACGCUAUACAUCACAGAUACGAAUGCCAUUCAUGGGAAUAAUACUAUGGACCCGACACGGGCAUCGACAAUCUAUGCAUUCGAUGUCAAAACGAUUUCUGGAUCAUCCUUCUUGGUAAACCGAAGACUCUUUGCCUUCCCAGACACAGGUCACCCUGAUGGUAUCAAGUGCGACCUAGCUGGGAAUGUCUACAGUGGAUGUGGCGACGGCAUCAAUGUCUGGUCGCCAGGUGGUAUCCUCAUUGGCAAGCUCAUCAUUCCAGGAGGUAUUGCGAAUUUCUGCUUUGGCCGCCCCGGCGAGAUCUUUAUCCUCGGGGAGACGAAGUUCUGGCUCGCGAAGAUCAGCGACAAGGUGCAGGGAGCUUUGUUGGCUGGCAUGGGAAUUGCAGUAUGAUAGACUCGGCGUUGCUGUACGAAUGGUUUCGUCUUUCAUGGUACUGACAUGUAGAUUUCAUCUCAUGAUACGAAAUGACGGCAGACUGAGGUGUCGUCAUUCCAUCGGCCGCCAGGGACAAUCAAAUGCCGACGAGCCGAACAGUCCUUUCCCUUCGCACACGUGAAAAACUGUUUGCGGGGGAUCUGCACUAGCAGAUAAUU